AUGAACGGUGGUGACAGUGGUGGUUCCAUGGCCACACCUGUUCAAAAGCGUGCCCACGAGGCUUGGAGGAUUUACAAGUAUUACCUCGACAAGACUACUCCUCACUCGACCUACAGGUGGAUUGGGACGCUUGUUGUGUUUCUCAUCUACUGUUUGAGGGUUUUCUCUAUUCACGGUUUCUACAUCAUCUCCUAUGGUCUUGGCAUCUACCUCUUGAAUCUCCUUAUCGGUUUCUUGUCCCCUCUCGUUGAUCCUGAGCUUGAUGCCUCUGAUGGAGGAGGUGCUUCUCUCCCUACUCGUGGCUCUGAUGAGUUCAAGCCUUUUAUCCGCCGUCUCCCCGAAUUCAAAUUCUGGUAUUCCAUGACGAAGGCGUUCUGCAUAGCGUUUCUUAUGACGUUCUUUUCGGUUUUUGAUGUCCCUGUCUUCUGGCCUAUACUGCUUUGCUACUGGGUCGUUCUCUUUGUCCUCACCAUGAGACGCCAAAUCUCCCACAUGAUCAAGCACAAGUACAUCCCUUUCAGCAUCGGCAAACAGAAAUAUAGUGGCCGGAGAUCUCCUGGGAGCAGCGCUGCCUCUCGUGCUGAUUGA